GCCAGUUUAGGGAGAGCUUUUUUCUGUCACAAGCCGCCUGAAUAUUUGAUGUUUGCGCGAGCUUUAAACUCAAGGUGAAGUUAAGCAUGAAGUUUGUUGCGCUUGUUAGUGGUGGGAAAGACAGCAUAUAUAACAUAAUGGAGUGUGUAGUACAUAACCACGAACUAGUCGCACUUGUCAAUUUGUGCCCUUCAAACUGCGAAGAUAGCGAGACUAUUGAGAUUGACAGUUUCAUGUAUCAAAGUGUGGGAAGCGAAUCGUUGAACUCAUUUCUGAGGCAUUGGGUGUCCUGUGUUUCGAAUGCGGAUACAAGGGCACUCACGAUGCAAGCGUCUGUUGUAUCAUGAAUGUCACAACGACGAGGUUGAAGAUUUGUAUGGCAUAUUGUCUCGAGUAUUGUCUGAAUUUCCAGAUAUAACUGCUGUAUCCAGUGGUGCCAUACUUUCUGAUUAUCAACGUUACCGUGUUGAGAACGUAGCUUAUAGACUGGGCUUGCGUUCACUGUGUUUUUUAUGGCAGAGGUCACAGGAAGAAUUACUGGAAGACAUCAUAUCAGCGCGCAUAGAAGCCCUUAUAAUCAAGGUAGCUUCUUUGGACUGACUAUUGGCGACUUUCUUGGGUUUCGUAUAAACGAUGUCGCAACAAAGCUUCACCAGUUGUCGGUUCCUCCCUGGUCUCUAAACGUCUGUGGAGAAGGUGGAGAGUUCGAAACAGUCACGCUAGACUGCCCAAUGUAUCGCAGCAGAAUUAGGCUGGUGUCUGAACCUGAAGUAGUGGUGCAUUCUAAAGAUCCAUUUUCGCCAACUGCUUAUCUCCGUUUGAAAAAUCUGGUAUUGGAGGCUAAACCAUUAGACGAAGUUUACCAAACGGCAGAACAACUUUUAUCUCUAGAACGAAUUCACACUAAUGAUCAAAGUAGUUCCUGUGUAUCAAAUCGUCGUCCAUUUAUUUCUCCAUUUAAGAGAUUAGAAGAUAUACAAUUAAAAACAUGUGAAGAAAUUAGAGGUGACAUUGUUUGUACAGUAUUUCCGAAAAGAAAUAGUGAUGAUGGAGGUAAUAAUAGUAAGAAACACAAUCACCGGGGAUUCGAUAAAACAAAUCUAAAGUCAAUUAAAAACGUUGGUAGACGUUUAAGCAAUGAAAUAUGGAUAACGUCAAAUUAUUCUUCUACAAGUGAGAGUUUGCAUAAAAUUCAUGAAGCAACAGAAAAUGCAUUUCUUCAAAUGAAAAGUGUAUUCGCUUCGAAUGGGAUUAGACCUCAACAGAUUUUGCAGAUCAUUGCCGUUUUAAACCAGUCUCUGUCUUCAGAUGUAUUCAACACAUUCAAUAAAGCUUAUGCUCUCCAGUUGGACAGGUGGUUACGUGAAGAUGUGAAUAAUAAAACCAGCCGGGAACAUGAAGUUGUUUCUUCAUAUAUGCCAACACGUGUAUGUAUUUGCAUGAAUUCUAUAUCACAUGAAAUCUCUGUACAUUCCAAGGAGGCUUUUUGCGUUAACUUGUCUGCUAUAAUCUAUUAUGGUAAUGUGGAUAUCUGUGGGUGGAUUGACUCCCUUCGAGGUUUGUAUGUUCAGUCAAUUUCACAUUGGGCUCCAGCUAAUAUUGGACCGUAUAGUCAAGCAAUAGCUGUCCCCUUGUCCUUUGUUCAAUCAGAUGAUUGUUCAUCUCCUUCAAGUACAGAGUACUUCACAUUCUACUCUGGUCAGAUUGGUCUAAUUCCUGAACUGGAAGUGCUUCCAUCCCAAAAUGAUCAUUUUAUGAAUAGUUUCUGAAGCAUCAGCCAUUGAGUCUUGGCUUGCCAUACGACAUUGUCAUCGUCUAAUGAAGUACAUGUCAAUCUCUGAAUUGUGGAUGAAUUUAUUCCUUGGGAUUUGUUAUGCCACUAAUGACGAUUCUAUGACUCUAGCUCGAAACCAUUUCCAUCUCGUUGUUUGUGUACCAGCUUUAUUAAAUGCAGACUCUCAUGAAAUAUGUUACUGUAGUAAAUGUGUUGUGUGGCUUAUCGUUUCUGGUCUACCUAAAGAUGCUGUAGUUGAAUGGCAAUGGAUAACUGGACCAUUCACAUCUUUGAUUACCACAUCGAGUAACACAGUGGUUCAUGACGAUCCAACCAUCCCAUCGAACACUUUCAUGUUGUUCUAUCAGUAUGAUUAUUACCGAUUGAAUAAACAGAAACUGUCGAAAUUGCUUGGUAACUAUACCGGAUUUGUAUUGCCUGUUGUAAAGUUCGAUAAUCCUUCUGUAAAUGCUGUUUUCGUUUCUGUACAGAAUAAAUACUUAUCACAAUGAA